UUGGCCAAUGCUGGUAGUCCCGAUGAUUUUCAGAACCUUUUCGCCGAAUUUGUCACUCCUUUUGACCAGAAAAAAAGCGAGAAAAUGGUAGCCGAAAAAGAAGAAAUAAAAUUUCUUUUGACUCGCGAAUUAGAUUAUGUUAAAGAAAAACUGAAAAAAAUUACAUCGAUUUUACGAUUGAACCAAAGAAGAGAUUUUCCGGCAGGUUCAGCGGCAAACGGAAACGACGUGGACCUUUUUGAUUAUGCGAACUUGCUACACGAAGAAAUUCAUGUCAGCACUUCGAAUGUGCAUCGUGCUUCUGUUAUCAUUACCAUUAAUAGGGAAUUAGAUAAUUGGUUAGCGGAAGAGGGAUUAAAAGCCAACCCCCACCCCCAACAAAUUAGUUGCUUGGCUGAAAAGUUGGGAAAAAUCAAUGACCAGUUAAUUAAUUGGGAGGCAGAGGAAAAAGAGUUAGAAGCCAGUGACUUGGAUUUACAAGCGAGAGAAUUAGAGGAAUGCCAAAGGAAAAUUGCCGAUUUUCAAGAGCGGGGUUGUUUGACUAAUUAUUGGAAAAAUUUAGCCAACGACAUACUCGGAGAGGCACUUUCCGCUGCGAAAGAAGAAGAGGAUACCAUUACUCGUUUGGAAGGUAAAAUUACUGAUUUGAGGAAUGAAUUAGAGGAAAAGAAAAAGGAGAUAAUUAGAUUAACCACUGACCCAGAUAAGUUUCCGCCACGCCGAGUCGCUCCGCAGCCACCAAAGGCAGAGGAUUCAGGGAUAGUUUCUACGGCAACCGACUGCUACCGGCAAAAAAAUGAAACUCUAUUAGCCGAAAACGCAAAAUUAAAUGAUAUCAAGGAGAGUCUAUCCGAACAAGUAACUAAGUUAGAAGCGGAAAACGAGGACAAUGAAUAUGAAGUGUUUAAAGCGACCCGGGACAAAACUCCCCUAGACAAAGAAUUAGAGGGUUAUUUCCCACCCAAACAUGGCGUUCCGUCUACUCCGCUGGAUAAGCCGCGAGAUUUUAAGCGUUCUUACUCAGUCAGCAGUGUUGCGACUAGUAGCAAAGCGGUUGCCGCUGAGCCAGAAGGUGAAACCCCCACUUACUCCACUGGAAUCCUUUGGGACAGAUUUUAUUCUACUCCCACUUCAACUCCGCUGACUACGGGAAGUAUAACGACCGAACCAGAAGUUUAUGAGGAUUCACUUAGCAAGACAGACACGGUUAAAAAAAAGCGUUCCACCGCUUCUUUAACCAUGACCCCUAUUGUUGAGGAAAGUGAGUCCGAAAAAGUUGAUAAAGAGAAUCAAUUAAAGUUGAAAGAUGAAGAAAUCAAUCGCUUAAAAAGCCAAAUCACGGCGGUAGAAAAUAAAUUAGGCAUAGAUAUACCGACCCUAAUUGAACUUAAAUUUGAUUCAAGUUGUUGGACUAAUUUUAAUAAUUAUGUGGACUUGGCGGAAAUGCUGAUAAAGAAACUGAGACUGAGUUUAAUAAUUACCGGCGAAGCACCUCAUGACCAGUAUGAACUCCAAGAAGAAAUUAAUUUAUUAAAAACGGAGAUUCGCGACCAUGCCCAGAGAGUAGGCGACCCAGCAACCACAGUAAGUAAAGCAGUUAAUUUAAUUAAUACUCUGUUAAGUGCCUUAACAAGCGAUAACUACUACCGAGUAAAUGCCGGAGAGUUUGCGGAGGUCCGAACUGAAAGCAUGAAGGUUUACAGUCUAGACAAAAAAAUAGAGCAGGGGGAGAAAAUGAUAAAAGGCUUGCAAGCUGACCUAAAAAAAUUAACCGAACGUAAUAGGGAUUUAGAAGAGAAAAUAAAAGUUGCGGAAAAAUUAUUAGGACCAGGUAAAAACUUAACAGAUUUAGGAGGAAUGUUGAAAAUGGAAAAAGUGGAAGGAAUUGCCAGCGUUCAAGAUUUAGUUAAUCGGGUUAAUUUAUGGGCAGGUUUGGACGCACGAAUAGCAGAGUUAGAAAAUAAAGCAGAAGAAGCCAAAAUGGCCAAGGAGGCUGAUAAAAAUGAGGUGAAACGAUUAACUGCAACCUUGGAUAGGAUAACCAAAGACACAGUUGAUAAAAGCUCGUUGGACGAAUUGGAAAGCGAAAACCAAGAAUUAAGGGAGAGUUUAGAAGAAAUCAUUGAGCAAUUAAACAAUGUUGAGAUUAAGGGUUUAAAGAACCAAUUAGAAGGCAAAGAAAUAAAAAUAAGAGAGUUAGAAAAGCAAGCAACAGAUUUCGCUCAUUCGUUAGAGAAAGAGGAAUUGGAACGAGAGAAGUUAGCCAAGAAAACUCAUGAGGACCAUAAUAAUAAAAUCCAGGAAUUAACCCAACGGAUUGCCGAGUUGGCUGCCAUUCAGGAAAAAUUAAAGCACAAAGUGGCUAAGGAUUUAAAAGAUAAAGAGACUGCUCAUAAUAAAACCAAGGCUAAUUUAGAAGCAGCAGAGCGGGAAAAUAAUCAAAUCCGAGAAGAGAUUACUGGUUUACGAACCGAAAAAAUUGGCUUAGAAAAUGAAAAAGAUGCUUUAAAAUCUGCUAUCUCUGGUCUAGAAGGAAAAAUUGUCGAUCUAAAUCUAAAUCUGAAUGAAACCUGGAAAAGGGUGGAAAACUUGGAGAAGCAAAACAAAGAAUUACAGGAGGAAAUUGCCCGUUUAAAAGAAAAAAAACAGGUUCUUUCCAAACCUGUUCACGGUUUAACCGAAGAAGCCAUAAAAGAAGGGGUAAAAUUAUACUCCUCUAGUGGCUUCCUCCGCCCAGAUGGUUCUAAACCUGCCCUAAAAGGAGUAACUAAACCAAAAAGUUUGGAAGAAGUUAUCAGCGGAUUAAAAGCCAAAAUUAGUAGUUUAGAAAGUGAAUUAGCCACCGCGAAAUCAAAUUUUGACCGCAAAGAAGCAGAAGUUGUUUCGUUAAAUAACAAAAUGUUAGAGAAAACAAAGGAAAGUGCGGAAAGAAUUGAGACUAGAUUAAAGGA